GACUCGAGCAUUUAGACACAAGCGAGAGGAUCAUGGCGGAUGGCCCCAGGUGUAAGCGCAGAAAGCAGGCGAACCCGCGGCGCAAUAACGCUGUUUAAGGAAGACAGAGCAGGCAUUGGAUAAUAUUCUUAUUAAGCUCAGGACAGUCAGCUUACCCUGAGGUGCAUUGACCACUGGGAGAGAUGUGGAUAUAGAAAUCCAAUCAUGGAUCAUUAGGAAGAAGGAAGCGUUGGAUAGGCACUCAGCAUGGUCCACCACAGGUGCAUUAAGGAUUGUGUAUUACGUUUUUUACUUACGUGAAACACCACCUUCCCCCAUCAAGCCUUUUUCAGUUUAAAUUCUCAACUGGCAAUUGGCCGAAAACUCCCAUCUGAAGACAUGAUCAUCCAAAUGUCAUUUUGUGAUUUGGCUACUGUCUGCUUGACAUAGGAAAGCACUAUCAAGAAAGACUAAUGGAGUGACUAUCAAAAGGAAGUCAAUGAUUUCUUAAGAAUUUACAACAAAACCCUGUCAAAGCAGCAUUCUUACGUGAGAAUUUCACUUAUGGGAGAGUUCUUACAGGAUUUCAAGAAGGAGAGGGACACUGAUUUCCUCAACUGAAUUUAAAAUUGUUACAUGCAGACAUUUUUAAAGGACAACCUUAAACUUCCACCACAAGAGGAAUAUAAAGAGGUCCCUCCUGCACCAAGAAAGAUCUGCAGAUUUUUUUCAGUGUUCUUGGAGGUGUGGGGUGUGAGAACUUGAUCAGUUUGUGUCAGCCACCUUGUUCUCUAAAGGGAAAGCCCCUCAAACCAUUUUGUAUUCUGUAUUACACUUCAGAAAGUGUGGAAGCAAAGGUCAUCUAAUCUUUAAAAGUUACAAAUUAUAAUACUGUGGUAGAAACAAAUUCAGAUUCAGAUGAUGAAGACAAACUGCAUAUUGUGGAAGAAGAAAGUGUUACAGAUGCAGCUGACUGUGAAGGUGUACCAGAGGAUGACCUGCCAACAGACCAGACAGUGUUACCAGGGAGGAGCAGUGAAAGAGAAGGGAAUGCUAAGAACUGCUGGGAGGAUGACACAGGAAAGGAAGGGCAAGAAAUCCUGGGGCCUGAAGCUCAGGCAGAUGAAGCAGGAUGUACAGUAAAAGAUGAUGAAUGCGAGUCAGAUGCAGAAAAUGAGCAAAACCAUGAUCCUAAUGUUGAAGAGUUUCUACAACAACAAGACACUGCUGUUAUUUUUCCUGAGGCACCUGAAGAGGACCAGAGGCAGGGCACACCAGAAGCCAGUGGUCAUGAUGAAAAUGGAACACCAGAUGCAUUUUCACAAUUACUCACCUGUCCAUAUUGUGAUAGAGGCUAUAAACGCUUUACCUCUCUGAAAGAACACAUUAAAUAUCGUCAUGAAAAGAAUGAAGAUAACUUUAGUUGCUCCCUGUGCAGUUACACCUUUGCAUACAGAACCCAACUUGAACGUCACAUGACAUCACAUAAAUCAGGAAGAGAUCAAAGACAUGUGACGCAGUCUGGGUGUAAUCGUAAAUUCAAAUGCACUGAGUGUGGAAAAGCUUUCAAAUACAAACAUCACCUAAAAGAGCACUUAAGAAUUCACAGUGGAGAGAAGCCAUAUGAAUGCCCAAACUGCAAGAAACGCUUUUCCCAUUCUGGCUCCUACAGCUCACACAUAAGCAGUAAGAAAUGUAUCAGCUUGAUACCUGUGAAUGGGCGACCAAGAACAGGACUCAAGACAUCUCAGUGUUCUUCACCGUCUCUUUCAGCAUCACCAGGCAGUCCCACACGACCACAGAUACGGCAAAAGAUAGAGAAUAAACCCCUUCAAGAACAACUUUCUGUUAACCAAAUUAAAACUGAACCUGUGGAUUAUGAAUUCAAACCCAUAGUGGUUGCUUCAGGAAUCAACUGUUCAACCCCUUUACAAAAUGGGGUUUUCACUGGUGGUGGCCCAUUACAGGCAACCAGUUCUCCUCAGGGCAUGGUGCAAGCUGUUGUUCUGCCAACAGUUGGUUUGGUGUCUCCCAUAAGUAUCAAUUUAAGUGAUAUUCAGAAUGUACUUAAAGUGGCGGUAGAUGGUAAUGUAAUAAGGCAAGUGUUGGAGAAUAAUCAAGCCAAUCUUGCAUCCAAAGAACAAGAAACAAUCAAUGCUUCACCCAUACAACAAGGUGGCCAUUCUGUUAUUUCAGCCAUCAGUCUUCCUUUGGUUGAUCAAGAUGGAACAACCAAAAUUAUCAUCAACUACAGUCUUGAGCAGCCUAGCCAACUUCAAGUUGUUCCUCAAAAUUUAAAAAAAGAAAAUCCAGUCGCUACAAACAGUUGUAAAAGUGAAAAGUUACCAGAAGAUCUUACUGUUAAGUCUGAGAAGGACAAAAGCUUUGAAGGGGGGGUGAAUGAUAGCACUUGUCUUCUGUGUGAUGAUUGUCCAGGAGAUAUUAAUGCACUUCCAGAAUUAAAGCACUAUGACCUAAAGCAGCCUACUCAGCCUCCUCCACUCCCUGCAGCAGAAGCUGAGAAGCCUGAGUCCUCUGUUUCAUCAGCUACUGGAGAUGGCAAUUUGUCUCCCAGUCAGCCACCUUUAAAGAACCUCUUGUCUCUCCUAAAAGCAUAUUAUGCUUUGAAUGCACAACCAAGUGCAGAAGAGCUCUCAAAAAUUGCUGAUUCAGUAAACCUACCACUGGAUGUAGUAAAAAAGUGGUUUGAAAAGAUGCAAGCUGGACAGAUUUCAGUGCAGUCUUCUGAACCAUCUUCUCCUGAACCAGGCAAAGUAAAUAUCCCUGCCAAGAACAAUGAUCAGCCUCAAUCUGCAAAUGCAAAUGAACCCCAGGACAGCACAGUAAAUCUACAAAGUCCUUUGAAGAUGACUAACUCCCCAGUUUUACCAGUGGGAUCAACCACCAAUGGUUCCAGAAGUAGUACACCAUCCCCAUCACCUCUAAACCUUUCCUCAUCCAGAAAUACACAGGGUUACUUGUACACAGCUGAGGGUGCACAAGAAGAGCCACAAGUAGAACCUCUUGAUCUUUCACUACCAAAGCAACAGGGAGAAUUAUUAGAAAGGUCAACUAUCACUAGUGUUUACCAGAACAGUGUUUAUUCUGUCCAGGAAGAACCCUUGAACUUGUCUUGCGCAAAAAAGGAGCCACAAAAGGACAGUUGUGUUACAGACUCAGAACCAGUUGUAAAUGUAAUCCCACCAAGUGCCAACCCCAUAAAUAUCGCUAUACCUACAGUCACUGCCCAGUUACCCACAAUUGUGGCCAUUGCUGACCAGAACAGUGUUCCAUGCUUACGAGCGCUAGCUGCCAAUAAGCAAACGAUUCUGAUUCCCCAGGUGGCAUACACCUACUCAACUACGGUCAGCCCUGCAGUCCAGGAACCACCCUUGAAAGUGAUCCAGCCAAAUGGAAAUCAGGAUGAAAGACAAGAUACUAGCUCAGAAGGAGUAUCAAAUGUAGAGGAUCAGAAUGACUCUGAUUCUACACCGCCCAAAAAGAAAAUGCGGAAGACAGAAAAUGGAAUGUAUGCUUGUGAUUUGUGUGAUAAGAUAUUCCAAAAGAGUAGUUCAUUAUUGAGACAUAAAUACGAACACACAGGUAAAAGACCUCAUGAGUGUGGAAUCUGUAAAAAGGCAUUUAAACACAAACAUCAUUUGAUUGAACACAUGCGAUUACAUUCUGGAGAAAAGCCCUAUCAAUGUGACAAAUGUGGAAAGCGCUUCUCACACUCUGGGUCUUAUUCUCAACACAUGAAUCAUCGCUACUCCUACUGUAAGAGAGAAGCGGAAGAACGUGACAGCACAGAGCAGGAAGAGGCAGGGCCUGAAAUCCUCUCGAAUGAGCACGUGGGUGCCAGGGCGUCUCCCUCACAGGGCGACUCGGACGAGAGAGAGAGUUUGACAAGGGAAGAGGAUGAAGACAGUGAAAAAGAGGAAGAGGAGGAGGAUAAAGAGAUGGAAGAAUUGCAGGAAGAAAAAGAAUGUGAAAAACCACAAGGGGAUGAGGAAGAGGAGGAGGAGGAAGAAGAAGUGGAAGAAGAAGAGGUAGAAGAGGCAGAGAAUGAGGGAGAAGAAGCAAAAACUGAAGGUCUGAUGAAGGAUGACAGGGCUGAAAGUCAAGCAAGCAGCUUAGGACAAAAAGUAGGCGAGAGUAGUGAGCAAGUGUCUGAAGAAAAGACAAAUGAAGCCUAAUCGUUUUUCUAGAAGGAAAAUAAAUUCUAAUUGAUAAUGAAUUUUGUUCAAUAUUAUCCUUGCUUUUCAUGGAAACACAGUAACCUGUAUGCUGUGAUUCCUGUUCACUACUGUGUAAAGUAAAAACUAAAAAAAUACAAAAUACAAAAAAAAAACACACACACACACAAGAAAAAAAUAAAUCCAGGUGUGCCUGAACCUCAGACCUAGUAAUUUUUCAUCCAGUUUUCAAAGUUAGGAACAAGUUUGUAACAUGCAGCAGAUUAGAAAACCUUAAUGACUCAGAGAGCGACGAUACAAGAGGUUAAAGGAAGCUGAUUAAUUAGAUAUGCAUCUGGCAUUGUUUUAUCUUAUCAGUAUUAAUUAUCACUCUUAUGUUGGUUUAUUAAGCUGUACAAUUGGGAGAAAUUUUAUAAUUUUUUAUUGGUAAACAUAUGCUAAAUCCGCUUCAGUAUUUUAUUAUGUUUUUUAAAAUGUGAGAACUUCUGCACUACAAAAUUCCCUUCACAGAGAAGUAUAAUGUAGUUCCAACCCGUGCUAACUACCUUUUAUAAAUUCAGUCUAGAAGGUAGUAAUUUCUAAUAUUUAGAUGUCUUAGUAGAGCGUAUUAUCAUUUAAAGUGUAUUGUUAGCCUUAAGAAAGCAGCUGAUAGAAGAACUGAAGUUUCUUACGUGGUUUAAAAUGGAGUUCAAAAGAUUGCCAUUGAGUUCUGAUUGCAGGGACUAACAAUCUGAUAAGGACAGCAAAAUCAUCAGAAUCAGUGUUUGUGAUUGUGUUUGAAUAUGUGGUAACAUAUGAAGGAUAUGACGUGAAGCUUUGUAUCUC